GAGAAACUUAAAACAUUUUUCUGAGCUGAUGAAAAGUGUGUAUAAUGCAGAAGGAGAUGAUGAGUAGUCUGAUGCUUAUGUUUCUGCUAAAACCCAUCACUGUCAUGUUCUUUGCUUUUUUCUCUCUUUUGAUUUGUCAUUCAUCUAUGCUGAAAACAGACAGUGCAAAUGUGAGGUUGGUUGGUGGUCACAGUCGCUGUGCUGGUAGAGUGGAGGUUCAUCAUAGAGGUCAGUGGGGAACAGUGUGUGGUGCUGCCUGGGAUUUGGCUGAUGCUGCAGUGGUGUGUAGAGAACUGGACUGUGGAGAACCUGUAGAUGCUCUGAUUGAUGCUCAUUUUGGACCAGGAUCAGGACCAAUCUGGAUGAGUUAUGUUGCAUGUUCUGGAUCAGAGUCAACACUUAAGAAGUGUGGGUUUUCAGGGUGGGGUAACACCUGUGACUAUAAUGAAGGUGCUGGAGUCAUCUGCUCAGGUGUCAGGCUGGUUGGAGGUUCUCACUGCUCUGGGAGGUUAGAGAUGCUUCAUGAUCAGACGUGGAUGUCAGUGUGUGACGCUGCCUUUGACCAGCAGGAUGCAGAGGUUGUGUGUAGAGAGCUGGACUGUGGGGCUCCUGUACAGGUGCUGGGAGCAGCUGCUUUUGACAAAGGAGACACUCAGAUGUGGACACAAGAGAUUCAGUGCAGAGGAAAUGAAUCUCAGAUUCACCUCUGUCCAACAUCACCAUCACACAAAUACAACGGUUCACAUGACAAUGAUGUCCAACUGGAGUGUGCAGACAGUGUGAAUGUGAGGUUGGUUGGUGGUCACAGUCGCUGUGCAGGUAGAGUGGAGGUUCAUCAUAGAGGUCAGUGGGGAACAGUGUGUGAUGAUGGCUGGGAUUUGGCUGAUGCUGCAGUGGUGUGUAGAGAACUGGACUGUGGAGAACCUGUAGAUGCUCUGGGUGGUGCUUUUUUUGGACCAGGAUCAGGACUUAUCUGGAUGAGUACUUUGUUAUGUACUGGAUCAGAGUCUACACUGAAGAAAUGUGCAUUAGUAGGAUGGAAAAAUAAUUACUGCGAUCAUUUAAAUGAUGCUGCAGUAAUCUGUUCAAGUGUCAGGCUGGUUGGAGGUUCUCGCUGCUCUGGGAGGUUAGAGAUACUUCAUGAUCAGACGUGGAUGUCAGUGUGUGACGCUGCCUUUGACCAGCAGGAUGCAGAGGUUGUGUGUAGAGAGCUGGACUGUGGGGCUCCUGUACAGGUGCUGGGAGCAGCUGCUUUUGGCAAAGGAGAUGCUCAGAUGUGGACACAAGAGAUUCAGUGCAGAGGAAAUGAGUCUCAGAUUCACUUCUGUCUAACAUCACCAUCACAGGAAAACAACUGCACUUAUGACAACAGUAUUGGACUGGUGUGUUCAGACCGAAUGAAUGUGAGGUUGGUUGGUGGUAACAGUCGCUGUGCUGGUAGAGUGGAGGUUCAUCAUAGAGGUCAGUGGGGAACAGUGUGUGAUUAUGGCUGGGAUAUGGCUGAUGCUGCAGUGGUGUGUAGAGAACUGGACUGUGGAGAACCUGUAGAUGCUCUGGGUGGUGCUUAUUUUGGACCAGGAUCAGGACCAGUCUGGGUGAAUGUUAUGAGGUGUACUGGAUCAGAAUCUACACUGAAGAUUUGUGGAUCAAGAGGAUGGGGUAAAGACAGCUGUGGUCAUAGUAAAGAUGCUGGAGUAAUCUGCUCAGAUGUCAGACUAUUUAAAGGAUCUCGUUGCUCUGGGAGGUUAGAGAUACUUCAUGAUCAAACGUGGAUGUCGGUGUGUGACGCUGCCUUUGACCAGCAGGAUGCAGAGGUUGUGUGUAGAGAGCUGGACUGUGGGGCUCCUGUACAGGUGCUGGGAGCAGCUGCUUUUGGCAAAGGAGACGCUCAGAUGUGGACACAAGAGAUUCAGUGUAGAGGAAAUGAAUCUCAGAUAUAUUUCUGUCCACAUCUAUCUUCAAGCAAGAACAACUGUUCACAUGGCAGUGAUGUGGGAGUGACGUGUUUUGCUUACACUGAUCUCAGGCUGGUAAACAGUUCAGACUCUUGUUCUGGAAGAGUGGAGCUUCAGUUUAAUCAAUAAAUGGGGCACAGUGUGUGAUGCAUGCUGGGAUAUGAGAGCUGCCAGUGUCCUCUGUAGACAGUUGAAUUGUGGGAUUGCUGUGUCUGUUGUGGGAUCAGACUGGUUUGGAGAGGGAAGUGGUGAAAUCUGGGCUGAUGUGUUUG